AUGGCGACUGGAAUCAGUAGUGUUCGCGCUGAUGGAUAUUCAAAAUUUAAUAAUGAAUUUGUUAAUCUGGAAGAAACCUUACCGAGUUCUAAAAAGGAAAGGAGUUUUUUGCAAUACUCUUUGUUUACAGAUCAUCCUAGUAUUAAUAUAAGUUUGAAUGAAGAAUAUCAAUGUGAAUUAGGUAGUUCAAAUGGCUUAAAUAGAGAAGAAGUUGUCGAACUACAGAAUCGAGGAAAUUCUUCUAGUAAUAAUGGCAAUUUCUGGGAGUUAAAUUAUCAUGAAGCUGCAAUUUAUCUUGAGGAAGGAGAGAACAAUGAAAAGUUCAGUUCCCAUCCAAAGAAUGCUGAAGAGCUACCAGCUUAUCUUCUUGUACACAAUACAUGGUAUUAUGGACUGGAUUUAUUUACAUCAGUUUUGUUGUUACUCUUGGCUUUUGUUGAAGAACCAGCAGUUCCACUUUUUAAAUUACCAGUAGGUGCUCAUGGAUCAAUAGAAUUACUUUGUCUUCUUGUCAUUGGGGGAGAGUUAGCUUUAAAAUUAAGAUGGAUUGGUUGGAAAACAGUUUUACAUCACAAAAGAACAAUGUUAAAGGCAGUGAUAAUGUUUGUAGAGGCAGUUACAGUUGUGAUUCGACAAUCAUCUCAUUUUAGAGUGACAAGAGCUUUAAGGCCAAUUUUUAUUGUAGAUACUAAACAUUGUGGAGGUGUUAGACGAUUUAUUCGUCAAAUUUUUCAAUCAUUACCUCCUAUUUUGGAUAUGAUGGGUUUAUUAUUAUUUUUCGUUUCCAUUUAUAGCUUAUUAGGGUUUUUUUUAUUUAGCAAUAAUCCCAAAGAUAAAUACUUCACAAGUUUGGAAGACAGCUUUAUCAGUUUAUUCGUUUUACUUACUACAGCUAAUUUUCCAGAUGUCAUGAUGCCAUCCUACUCUAAAUCAAAAUGGAAUGCAAUAUUUUUCAUAUCAUAUUUAUGUAUAGUUUUAUAUGUAUUAAUGAACUUGAUGUUAGCUGUAGUUUAUGAAACCUUUACUAGAAUUGAAACGGAAAAGUUUAAAAAACUUUUGUUACAUAAAAGGAAAGCAUGUCAACAUGCUUUUAAAUUACUAGUUACAGUGCAAGAAGCGAACAAAAUUGAAUUCAAACAUUUUAGAGGACUGAUGAGAUAUUAUGCUCCCAAAAAGUCUCUGAGAGAUGUUGUUUUAAUGUAUAAGCAACUCAAUACAUCUGGAGCAAAUGGAUUAUCAUUAGAAGAGUUUUAUUCAAUUUACGACGCAAAUGAAUUACUUUGGGAAGCUCAAUUCAGUAAAAUUCCAUGGUUUCAUGCUUCAUGGGAGCCAAUACAAGUGAUUUGCAGGUUUUGCAAUAAUUUAACAAAUUGGUCUUAUUUCGAACACAUAAUUUAUUCACUAGUUGUUGCAAAUCUUUUUGCAAUGAUAAUUAGAACUGCUGAAUUAAAUCCGAAUGAUUUAAAUGAAUCUGCCAGAUUGUUUUGUGCAUCAUGGGACACAAUUUUAUUUUUAGGAUUAUAUGCAUUAGAAGCACUCAUAAAAGUUUUGGGAAUGGGUAUCACAAGAUACUUUUCUUCAGGGUGGAAUUUAUUCGAUUUUACAGUCACACUUCUAGCACUUUUAGGUGUUCUUUUGCUAUCGGUUUUUCCAAAUUUUAUUUAUGUUGUAUUGUUAAGGCCACUGAGGCUCAUUCGUCUUUUUAAAACGAAAAAAAGAUAUCGAGAUGUUUUCGGGACUGUAGUUAUUCUUUCUCCUUUAAUGUGCUCAGUCGCAGUUGUUAUGCUGGUUAUGUAUUAUUUUUUUGCAAUAAUUGGUAUGGAAUUAUUUGCUGGAUAUGACAUGAGAAAUUGUUGCAAAAACACAACAGUGGAAGAAUUUUACAAGUUCAGUAAUAAUGAUUCAAAUUCUCUCAGUUAUUAUUAUUUGAAUUCAUUUGAAAAUCUUUUAACAUCUGGUGUUACAUUAUUUGAACUCACUGUCGUGAACAACUGGUUCAUCGUCAUGAACGGAUAUGUGUCAGUUGCACAUUCAUAUUCUAGACUUUAUUUUAUCGCUUUUUAUUUAUUCACUAUGGUUGUGCUUACUAUUGUAGUUGCUAGUGUACUUCAAUCAUUUAGAUUUCGUAUUCAUUAUAAAAGACAAACGAGCAAAAGAGAUGAAGAGAAAAUGCUUCACGAAGAAAUUCAUUUAAAUUGGGACGAUAUUCAAAAUUGGAUAGAAGAUCAUCGCCUCAUGGAAGCUUUGAAAAAUGAUCUUAUUAUCGGGGGGACCACUACAUUCAUUGGAUGUCGUCCUAGAAAUAAAGACGUUCUUCAGAGAAGAAUGUACAGGAGCGAAAUUGACGAAUGGAUGAAAGAAGCUCAGUUGGAAGAAAAAAGAAGCCAAAGAAUAAACGCGGAAGACGAACACGUUAUUUUAAGUACGGAUCACGUCAUUUUAGGCGUGGGAACGGAAAGGAGAGCCAGUAAUAUUAUUCGUUAA